AUGGGUUACAAGGAAGGUUCCGCUAAGAAGGGUGCUACUCUCUUCAAGACUCGAUGCGCUCAGUGCCACACCACCGAGGCCGGAGGACCCCACAAGGUCGGCCCCAACCUCCAUGGUGUCAUCAACCGACACUCCGGAGAGGCCGAGGGCUACUCUUACUCCGAUGCCAACAAGCGAAAGGGUAUUGAGUGGACCACCGAGCAUCUGUUUGAGUACCUCGAGAACCCCAAGAAGUACAUUCCCGGUACCAAGAUGGCUUUCGGAGGUCUCAAGAAGCCCAAGGACCGAAACGAUCUGAUCACCUGGAUGGUCGAGAACUGCUAA